AUGGAGUCGCUGCCGCGGAAGCGCAAGGGCGCGCGCUCCCUCGCCGGCUCCCUCCACGACGCCUCCGCGGACCGCAAGCGGACCUGCCGGGAGCGGAAGCCGCGCCCCGACAAGAAGAAAAAGAAGCCCUCCGCCGCCGGCGAUGACGCCGCCACCGCCUCCGGCCGGGGCGGCGUGGUCAUGACGGCGCCGCCGGCCAGCGGCCGGGCCACCCCGGACAGCCCCGGCCGGGGCCUCAAGCGCAAGGUCGGCUGCAUCGAGUCCGCCACGCGCAUAGGCCGCAAGAAGCGCCUCGAGACCGAGUACGAGCUCGGCGACGAGAUCGGCCAGGGCAAGUUCGGCUCCGUCCGGAUCUGCCGCGCCAAGGCCGGCGGCGAGGAGUUCGCCUGCAAGGCGCUCCCCAAGAACGGCGAGGAGACGGUCCACCGCGAGGUCGAGAUCAUGCAGCACCUCUCCGGCCACCCCGGCGUCGUCACGCUCAAGGCCGUCUUCGAGGACGCCGACAAGUUCUACCUCGUCAUGGAGCUCUGCAGCGGCGGCCGCUUGCUCGACGAGAUGGCCAGGGACGGCACCUUCUCCGAGCAGCGAGCCGCCCUCGUCAUCAAGGAUCUAAUGUCGGUCGUCAAGUACUGCCACGAAAUGGGCGUCAUCCACAGGGACAUUAAGCCGGAGAAUAUUUUGCUCACCAAGACUGGCAAGAUGAAACUAGCUGAUUUUGGAUUGGCAGCACGAGUUACUAACGGUCAGAAAUUGUCUGGCGUUGCUGGGAGCCCAGCCUAUGUGGCGCCUGAGGUGUUGUCAGGAAGCUAUUCUGAGAAAGUAGACAUAUGGGGUGCUGGGGUGCUCCUCCAUGUACUACUGCUUGGUUCACUUCCAUUUCAAGGGGGCUCUCUGGAAGCUGUCUUUGAAGCUAUAAAGACAGUUGAGCUUGAUUUCAACAGCGGUCCAUGGGAAUCAAUGUCAGUUCUUGGACGGGAUCUUAUAAGUCGAAUGUUGGAUCGAGAUGUCUCUUCUAGAAUGACUGCUGAUCAAGUUCUUUGUCAUCCAUGGGUGUUGUUUUACACGGAAUGUACCCUGAAGGCUGUAACUCCUAAUGUCACUAACCAGAUUGUAGCACCCAAAAUUCCAUGGGACAGAAUUAGAUCACAUUCUGAGUCGUCAGCUUCAGAUUCGUCGAGCCAGAGGUCGGAGGACCAGGAUGAAUGUGGCAUAGUCGACGCACUGACUGCGGCAAUAACACAUGUUAGAAUAUCGGAGCCGAAAAGGACCCGGCUUUGCAGCCCUGGCAUUCCCAUACAGCAGGAAUGCUCCUCAAACUUAAAGAGCAACCUGUGCACGGCGUUCUGA